GAUUGUGAGUAUGUCAGUUUGGGAAGAACACGCAACAGGCUGGGCUUUUAAAUGAAAUAGAAACCUACACUGGGUGAGGAAUAAAAGAAGAAAGGUCACACACAAUAGAAGGAGAGAACAUAAGCCGGACACCUGUAAAGACAUGGCCUCCUCCGGUGCGUCAGAUAAUCUCACAUGCUCAAUGGAGAUGCAUCUAAAAUGCUCCGUCUGUAUGCAAACAUUUUCGGAUCCCAUCACUGCAGCGUGCGGACACUCGUUCUGUAGGACCUGUCAGGAUGACGCUGCGUGUCCCCUGUGCACCAAGCCAGUAGGCGAUGAAUUGGAAGUGAACCUUGUCCUGAGAAACAUCAUCCAACUGCAGCAAAGGAUCCCAGAGACCACCGAUGACAUGUACACGGGGAAGGACGGUGAGGUGCCCUGUGACGUCUGCACAGGGAACAGGUUAAAGGCUGUAAAGUCCUGUCUGGUGUGUCUGGCCUCGUAUUGUUCAAGCCACCUGGAGAAUCACCGUUCAUCCCAAAGGCUGAAGGGCCACAGCUUGGUGGAUCCGGUGAAGAACUUGGAUGAGCGAGCCUGUCUGGAGCACGGACGACCACUGGAGCUGUACAACAGGAAACAGAGGAAGUGUGUUUGUGUUCGCUGCCUGGAAGAAGACGGAGAGGAGGUCGUCUCCACCGAGGAGGAGUGGAGCCGGAAGAAGGCUGAACUUGAAAACACUAAAACACACAUGAAAGAGAAAAUUCAGAAGAGACAAACAAAGAGGACUGACAUAAAUACGUCACUUACAGACUGCAAGGACCUGCUGGAUAAGGAGUGGUGGGACAUUGAUGCUGUGUUCUGUGCUAUCCACGCUAUAGUGGAGGAAGCCCAUGCAACAGUUCUUAAGCCACUGAAGGAGAGGAGGCAGCGUUUGGAGAGAGAGGCAGACGACCUCCAGGAGAUACUGACGUCAGACAUUCAAAAACUCGAAAAGACCAUCCAGGACCUCAAUGAACUGUCUAAUUUAGAGGAUCACAUCUUUUUUUUGCAGAAUUACUCGUCUCUUUCUGAUCUGGACAUCACAGACCUGGCAGAUGUAGAGUUUGACACAUCACUGAUGUUUGGCAGCAUGAGAAAAAACACAAAAAUCAUGAUGGAAACAAUUCAAGAGGAACUGGAGAAGUUGACAUCUGUUGAACUUAAGAGAGUUUCCCAGUUUGCAGUGGAUGUAAAAUCAGAUCCAGCUACGUCUGACCAGCACUAUGUUCAAUCUAAUGGUGGGAGGACAGUGGAACAUGAAGGAGACGCUGAUGCAACAGAGUGGUGGCACUUAUCUGGCAACAUCCUGGAACCCAACAGUUUGACCUCUGGAAAAUCCUACUGGGAGGUGGAUGUGAGCAACAGAACCGGGUGGGAUCUGGGUUUAGCUAGAUACGAUGCUACCAACGGGGAGGUCUGCCCGAAUCCAGACAUCAACAACCGGCUUCGCGUACAAUUAGACGGGUUCCCAGCUCCACCUGCUCGCCUUUCCCUGAAGCACAAACCUGACAAAGUGGGAGUGUUUGUGGACUACAAGGAAGGUCUUCUCUCCUUCUACAACUUAACUGCUCAGUCCCACAUGUACUCGUUCACUGACUGCUCCUUCACUGGUGAGGUUUUCCCGUAUUUCGGCCCACGUAUAAGAAAUGACAGGCUCUCUGUCUAGAGUUCUUACUUACUGUGGUACAAAUUAGCAAUUAGGAUGGAGCCAAACGCACGGCCAGAGGAGGGGAAGUUGAGAAACUGAAAUCACAAAAGCUCUGUGGCACCGUAACUCGAGGUCUCAGCUAAAACAAAAUCACUGCAUACGCAGGGACUACAAUUUGCAAAACUAGAAGACAAAAUCGGUGGCAGGAGCUAACAAUCUAAAAACAAAAAUAACUUGAAUAGCUAGAAACAAAAAGCACGGCAUGAACAGGAACUAACAAUUGCUAUAAGAAAAUUAAGCCAGCACUAACUAACAAACAAGAUAACUUACUUACGCAAGACUAAAGGGAUGGGAGAGUACACACACAAUAACUGUCAUAGGUGUAGGGGUAGACACAGUAGCAACUAACAAGACUAAAUACAGAGACAACAAUUCGGAAAUUGAAAACACCUGAACAUGAACAGCAUAACUAACUAAAGCUCCACCCCAGAACUCCCUAAGGGUGGAACCAACCUAACAAGUAAAUGCUAAACUGCUAAAAUACAAACAUAUAUGGACUAACAAACAUAUAAAGACACAAAACAACCAGGUGUGAAGAUAGCAGCAGGUGAUGCUCAAACCAGAUCAUGUCCAUGUAUCCAUGAAAUAUACAUGAAAAUUAGAUUACUGUUAAAAGCAUUUACAAACUACAUACAAACACAAACAGCGUCCCCCGGUGGGGAAAUAACGUUAGGGUCCAUACACGGGGUGCAACAUAUUGUUUCUAUAACAGCAAGCUUCUCUUCCAUGACACAACGAACACAACAGUGUUCAUUAAUCAUACCUAAGUUCCAACAGACAAUGAAAAAAGAAAUAAUGAACCUCACUGACAGAAUUUUCUCAGUGAGUAAAGAAGCAGAUUCUACUGUAAAGAUAAAGCUAAACUCAAUUUUGUUGGAGGAAAAAGAUCCGAUAUUUGAUUUGCAUUGACGUAACUGAACAAACAACACACCCUUUAUGUGAUUUGGAUGCUCUUUCAAAUGCAAACACAUCUCUCUUAGUAAAAAGAGAGGUUGGAGAUAUAAAGUUGAAGGUUGAAGCAGAGAGAAAGAGGAGCUUGUGAUAUACAGAACAUUUCACCAGACGUGCGGUAAUGUUUUUUAUUUAACUUUUACUUGACAAUCAAUAAUAUUGACAAUAUUUAACAUCAAUUUUUUAAAAUUCUGUUGAACGUUUUUACUUCAUAGGCUUUAUCUUGUUUUAUAAAUGAAGUAAUAAACAAUUUCAAUAUGUGUACAAACAAACCUGUGGCCUUCAUUGCUGUAUUGUCUAAGAAUUAUGAUAAGGAUUGGUGCUGAAUAUAUAUAAUAUAACAAGUUCUUCACCUGAGAAAUAGAAGCAUCUUUUUUAAAAGUGGCUAAAGUUUGAAUGUUUAUUUGUUUCUACGUUGUUCGCCCACAGAAGGUUUUCGCUCUCAUGUAUUGUAGCAGUGCGAGUACCUUUAAAACCAAUACGUUUCUGGUUCACUACUUUGCAUUGCAGCCAAAAGUCACGACUGAUCUAGUUUCAGUUCUGGCCAUUCAUUUAGUGUAGGUAAUGAGUGAAACACCAAUCAAUAUCACAUCAUGUUAUCCUGCGGUUCUGUCUCUA